AUGCCUUCAUUGUCAGGAAUUGGAUGGACUGUUUUUUGCGUACUACUCUGGAGGAGACAGGCAGGUACGGUUAAAGAGGGACAAUGUUCCGUGGCUCAAGUGGGGGGGCUCCACCCAGUUGAGGCUCUGCUGGAGAAGUUUGAGGCUGGCCCGGGCUGUGCCGCCAGAGAGAGUGGGGACAAGGAGACUCAUGUCAUCGCAGUGGGCAGAGUAACCAGUGGCCCUGACAACAUGGUCACAGUACUGUUGAAGCCCUUGUCUCUGAGCCAGUCAAGUUUGCGAAAAGUUCACCUACUACUCAGCUCCAAGCAGCCAAUCAGCUGGAGGCUGGAAGCUGAGCGACUGCCCCCUGACCUCCCUGUGCUAGUGAAGGUGUCUUCAAACUCCAGUGUUCAAUCCCAGACUCUACGCUUGCGUGUCCGGUUGCUACAUUGGGUUCCGUUCCGCCCGCGGGCGCUGCACCGCUGGGCUCUGAAGCACCAUGGCAACCUGUCCUCUCUGACACACGUUACACAUGGAAAUCGGGUCUACGUCCGACUGGGAGAGGAUGUAACUCAGCCUGCUGUGUGCCAUCUUAAGUCAAUGUUUAUCUCCAACAACUACAUGACCUCGGACCUGCAACCACAAGAAAUACAAGGCUGUGACCAUUCAGCACCCAUUGGAAGCAACCCAGAGGUCCACGUGAUCAAACUCCAUUCGGCAGGCUCAGGACUCUGCGGCUCACUGCAGGUGGAGGUGAUCGUCUCGCUUGUGCCGCCUUCGAACGCUUCUUUCAGACAAAAGGUGGUGCUGAUUCUCAGCAGUUCGGUGCCAGUCAACUGGGCCAUUGUUGCUCAUGACGUUCAGGGUCAUAUUUUUAUUCAUUCCUCUAAUAGCGUUUCCCCUCCCUACCCUCCUGAGCCCGAACUGACUCUGACUACUACACUAAUCCCCGACCUGUCCACGAUACCGGACCUGCUGAUGUGGGCCGAUGAUAACGGCUACAACAAUGUGACCUCGUAUACUGAGGCUGACCAGGCCAAUCGCUUUGUGAUCCAGCUGGCUGGGACCGGGCCAGUUGGAGUAAUGAAGCCCAUUGCCAAGAGGCCGAAGUGGGCUGAGGAGCGUCCCCUGAGAGAAUGGCUCGAAGGUGGAGGAGGUAGAGCAGAAGGAGGCCGAGACAGUUUCACAGUGCAGUGCGAAGACGGACGUCUGAGUGUGGCGGUGGACCAACUCACCCUGCAGACUUUGUCUGGGCCAGUUUCUGCUGUAACUUUGCGGGACCCAACAUGCCAAGCUCAGUCCAAUGGGAGUCAUUUCCUGUUGGUCUUCCCAGUCAUUUCCUGCGGGACUGAGGGAAAGCUCCUGGCACAUACUAAAGGGGUGCAGUACAAAAACACGGUGCUGCUAUGGAAAGAGCAGCCUCAUGCAAUCUUGUCACACAACGAAACUGAUUGGACAUCCAGAAGUUCACUUGGCAUACACUUCAGCUGUCUGGAUGAAGUGGCCAGCACACCUCAAAUAGGCCCUGCUGGUGAUGUCAAUACCUCUCGGGUACCCUGGGCUCCCUUGCCAGAUCGUGGACCAUUCCAUGUCCCCCCACCCAGACUCAAAUCUGGGCCUUUGCUUCUUUUGAAGCUUUUCGUCACUGACAGCUACAAACAGCGACGCAUUGGACCGUGCGUCAUCACUGCAGAGCAGCGUGUUUACGUUGAGAUUUCUGCCAAGGGGCCCUUGAUAGACGUUGCUGAGCUGAAGUCGUGUGUUGUUUCACCUCUGUCGGACCCCAAAAGCUCCCCUUUCUGGACUGUCAUAAGCAACCACUGUCCCGCAGACCCCUCGCUUACUUUUGUGCCUGCGAAAGUUGAGGAGGAGACAGAAGAUGCUGAUGAGCAGCAGGACGAGAUGGAUGACAGAUUUGAAGAUAAAAAAGGAGACAAAGAGAUCAGUGACGAAGAUGAAAGUAUCCCCGAUCACUCCAAACCCGGAAAAAAGGGGAGAGAAGACCCCUCGAGGAAGGAAACGGUUAUACGGCCAUUAAGAUUUAGUUUCAUCCUACGACCAGUUUACAACGUCUCCAUGCAGUUUCUCCACUGCAGCCUUCACCUCUGUGUCUCUGACAAAACAACAAGGGAACCCACGAAGAAAAAAGGAAAGAAAGAAUGUCCGGAUGGGAAAGGUCUUCCUCCACUUGUUUUUAGGACGCUUGGACAGAAGUGUGAGAUUAGAAACCUUUCCCGGCCCAUGGUGGUCACCCAGCCUCUAAACCCACUGGCACCUAAAGCAUCGAAGCCCACCAUCGGUCAGCGAAGCAAACGACUCAGCGUCUCCCCUUUGGCCGUUCCUGCCCCACCACAGGAAAGAGGUGCCUCAUUGCAGACAGGAGCAUUGAUAGGAAUCGCCUUUGCAACCUUUGUGAUGGGCGUCAGUUUGAUGGGGGUGCUGUGGUGCGUCUACACUUAUGCAGUGUCACGAGGAGUAACAUUUGAAGGAGAGGGUUACUUAACGGAGCAGACACCCGGAGGCCACCCCACUUGGGUUCCACCUUCUCUCUCAGAUGAGUUGACCAGCUCAGUAUAAAGGAUUUCCUCCAGCAACUGAAGAGGUUUACUCCCAGUGCAUUUCAAAUGGGACGUCUGUGCUGGUGUGGGCGUCAUCACGGCAGGCGAAUCGGGGUUAUUCCAUGCCCUUUAAAAGCGGCCCACAUGAGCACCAUUUGCGCUCUGGCGCAUGUUGCACGGCGUACAAAUAUAGAUCCUAGGUGUUCACUGCUGCUGGUUAUUUAAAACGGGAAAAGAGGUGUAAACAUGCAGGAUUAUGGAUUUACAUCCUCAGAAAGUGAACUGAAGGCCAAAUUCGAAAUGGC